AUGGAAGAAUAUUUAGAAAGAAAAAAAGAUUUACUAGAUGAAAUAAAAAAAAUUGCAAUACCUAAUAGUACAAUAAAUGAACUUAUUUCUAUACAUAAAGAAAUUUUAACAAAGAAAGAAUCAGUUUUAAAUGUUAAAACAUAUAAGAAUUAUUUGAGAUUAAUAGAAAAUUCAGAAAGUACUACAGAUGAUUGUGAGGUAAAGCAUAUUGAAUCUGAACUUAUUUGUCCUUUUCAACAAAUAAAAAUUGCUACACCUUUUAGAAAUCACUGCAAUCACGUUUAUGAACGUGAGGGACUGGAAAAAUAUGUUAAUGGUAGAAAUAUAAAGUGUCCUGUUCUUGGUUGUCAUGCUAUAGUAAAACUUAAAUAA